CAGAACACAUAUAUACUACCAGCAAAGAAUAACCUGUCUCUCUUCACAUCAUUCUCGAAAAUCUGUCAUUGAUUGCAUCGAUACCAAAAGAAAUUGAGAGAACCCAUUACCAUAGAGCUCCACGGCUUCGAAACCCUUGAGAAAAAAGCCAAUAUUUUGGCGACAUUUUCACUUCUUCCCGAAAGAAACAGACCAGAGCAGAACCAGGGUUCAACAGUUCCGUCCACUAUUAGGUAAGGCAAUCAGUGGAAGUGAAGUAUCCUAUUACGUUUUAGUCCUUUUUGGAGGGUGCUGUAUUUCUAUAGUCUUGAGAAAGGCAAUGAGUGCUAAAACGAAGAGGAGGACUGCCACUGAAAAUGGGGACCCCAAUGAAGAUUCUGUACUUGCGACUAUGAUUAACAAUGGAGAGGAUUUGGGUCCAAUGGUUAGGCUUUCUUUUGAGACAAGGAAGCCAGAAGCCCUUCUAAAUCAGCUCAAGCUUGCAGUCAAGAAGAAAGAAACUGAGAUCGAGGAGCUCUGUAAGCUUCAUUACGAGGAGUUUAUAAGUGCGGUGGAUGAACUCCGUGGUGUCUUGGUUGAUGCUGAGGAAUUAAAAAGUGAACUUGCCAGUGACAACUUCAGGUUACAAGAAGUUGGUAGUGCAUUACUUUUGAAGGUUGAAGAGCUUCUUGAGUCUUGUUCAGUUAAGAAGAACAUUACUGAAGCAAUUAAGAUGUCUAAAGUUUGUGUUCAAGUGCUGGAGCUUUGUGCAAAGUGUAAUGAUCAUGUUUCUGAAGCUCGGUUUUUCCCUGCUCUCAAAGCUGUUGAUCUCAUUGAAAAAAACUUUCUGCAACGUAUUCCUGUGAAGAAACUGAAAGCACUCGUUGAGGAAAGGAUACCAAUCAUUAAAUCUCAUAUUGAAAAGAAGCUCUGCAGUGAAGUUAAUGAGUGGUUAGUUAACAUUAGGAGCAGUGCAAAAGAUAUUGGUCAGACUGCAAUAGCACAUGCAGCAGCAGCGCGUCAGAGGGAUGAGGAUAUGCUGUCUCGUCAAAGGAAAGCUGAGGAGCAGAGUUGUUUAGGAUUGGGAGAUUUUACUUAUACCUUAGAUGUGGAAGAGAUUAAUGAAGAUUCUGUUUUGAAGUUUGAUCUUACACCUAUUUAUCGGGCGUUCCACAUUCACGGUUGUCUUGGUAUAAAAGAGCAGUUUCGCGAGUACUAUUAUAAGAACAGGUUACUACAGCUGAGCUCUGACCUGCAAAUUUCAUCAACUCAACCCUUUCUUGAAUCACAUCAGACGUUUCUGGCACAAAUUGCUGGUUAUUUUAUUGUUGAGGAUCGAGUUUUGAGGACUGCUGGAGGGCUGCUCCUACCCAAUCAGGUUGAGACAAUGUGGGAAACAGCUGUUGGUAAAGUUACUUCUGUCUUGGAGGAACAGUUUUCCCAUAUGGAUACCGCAAGCCAUCUUCUUUUGGUUAAGGAUUAUGUGACUCUUCUUGGUGCAACUCUCAGACAAUAUGGUUAUGAAGUUGGCCCCAUUCUCGAGACUCUCAAUAGUAGUCGGAGCAAGUAUCAUGAGCUUCUCCUAGCAGAGUGUAGGCAACAAAUAACAGAUGUUAUUACCAAUGAUUCAUAUGAACAGAUGGUGAUGAAGAAAGAGUCAGAUUACCAAGCUAAUGUUUUACUCUUCCACCUGCAGACUUCUGAUAUAAUGCCUGCUUUUCCAUACAUUGCUCCGUUCUCUUCUUCAGUACCAGAGUGUUGUCGCAUUGUCAGAUCAUUUAUCAAGGACUCUGUUAAUUACUUAUCUCAUGGAUGCCAAAUGAACUUCUUUGAUUUUGUGAAAACGUAUCUGGACAAGCUGUUAAUUGAUAUCUUAAAUGAGGUCAUAUUGAACACAAUCCAGAGUGAGAGUAUUGGCGUAUCUCAAGCUAUGCAGAUUGCUGCAAACAUUGCUGUUCUUGAAAGAGCUUGUGAUUAUUUUCUUCAGCAUGCAGCACAACAAUGUGGAAUCCCAGUCCGAUCAGUUGAAAGGCCUCAAGGUAGUUUGACUGCGAAGAUAGUUCUUAAAACUUCAAGGGAUGCUGCUUAUCUUGCUCUACUAAGCUUGGUGAAUAACAAGUUGGAUGAGUUUAUGGCACUUUCAGAAAAUGUGAAUUGGACAAUUGAAGAGCCACCACAGCAUGGUAGCGAAUACAUGCAUGAGGUGGUUAUCUACCUUGACACAGUUAUGUCCACUGCUCAGCAAAUAUUACCCUUGGAUGCUUUGUACAAGAUAGGCAGUGGUGCGCUUGAACACAUUGCUAAUUCUAUAAUGGGUGCCUUUCUCAGUGAUUCUGUGAAGAGAUUCAAUGCUAAUGCAGUUAUGGGAAUCAAUAAUGAUCUGAAGACGUUAGAAUCAUUUGCAGAUGAAAGGUUUCAUAGUUCUGGCUUGAGUGAAAUUUAUAAAGAGGGCAGUUUUCUUGGUUGCCUGAUAGAAGCCCGGCAGCUAAUAAACCUUCUUUUGAGCAGUCAGCCAGAGAACUUCAUGAAUCCUGUGAUACGGGAAAAGAACUAUAAUGCUUUGGACUAUAAAAAGGUGGCGACAAUCUGUGAAAAGUACAAGGAUUCAACUGAUGGUCUCUUUGGAAGCCUGUCAAAUAGAACUUCAAAGCAGAGUGCUCGGAAAAAAUCAAUGGACGUACUGAAGAAGAGGCUUAGGGAUUUCAAUUGAGACGUUUUUAUAAGUAGAUGGGUAGCAGUGCAUUUUUGUUCCUUACCACCUGAAUUUGAAUGCAUUCUUUCAUUGUUGCUAUCUUCUCACUCUAAAAAUAAAGGCUUCGCUUUCUGAUGCAACCGUAUCUUCCACAUCUGUCUAUUCUCUUUUCUCUCACAUGCCUACACUUCUGAAAUUUUUAAAUACUACAUCUUAAGUAAUUGUUUGUGAUAUUGUCUAGCAUCCUUUUGAAUCUCCAGGGCAUAGGAGGUUUCAGUUCAUAGGAUGUUAAAAUCAAGUAAUUUGGACAGAUGAAGAUAGCUGUUCUUUUAGCUUUCUGAUUUUAACAGAGUAAAAUCAUUUUUGUGUUUUGUAUGAAAUUCUUUUGAGCACUCUUAGGACUACCAAGAUGCAUAACAGUUUUGAUUUUCUACUGUAAUUCUGUAUGUUGCAGAAAGUUUAUGAAAUUGCUCCAAUUUGUUUCAAGUGUAAAUUUCCAUUCUCCUCCAUUUUCUUUUCCUUUUCCUUUUUUUUCGGUCCAAUUAGCUUUGAGCUCUAUGGACUGAGUAUCUUCAUUAAUUUAACCAUAUAAGUUGUGAAGGUGAUGGUAAUCUAUAAUUACUGUGGGUGACUAUUAACUCGGAUCCUAUAAAUUUUCAAGGUUCCAGCCCUCUAUUACCAAAUUAUGAGUCACUGUUUAUUACUCCUUAUUAUCUAGACAACCAACACUUUUGCUCGUUGAUGCUGAAAAUUUUGGAAAAAGUUCUGUUCCAUCUUCAAUUAGAAAUCAUCAAUCUUUCUUCAGGUUCGCAAAUAGUGUGUGGUUUAUAAUUUCCUGCCUUCAAUUCGGUUUUCAUUUUUCCUGGAAAAUGUUAUUAGUUGUUUGGACAGGUUCUUCAGUUUUAGAUUUUUAUGCCCAAGAUACAUAACUUUUGGAGCAAAUGCUGACCAAAAUUUCAAAGCAUGUUGCACUGGCAAUCCCCUAUGAAGACUUUCUUUCGCUACCGCUCCAGUUGAUAUUGUGUUUCCGAGCUCAACAGGAAGGUAAUUUGAAUCAAUUUUAGGUGAGAUGUCCGGAAUGAAUGAUGCGUUGCAUAUCAUUUUUUUCAAAGAUAAUACUGCAUUGCAGAACUUGGUUAAACAUAGUAUUCUGUUACCCUUAGUUUCGAUCAGAUUAUUCUUGACCUGUCUCACUUGUUGGAAGUUGUGGAACUUUGAGUGCAGAUAUAUCAAUACUUAGGUUGUGCAGACCAAAGGAAUUUCAUCAAUAUGUAGAAGACUAUAUGGUUGAAAAUUGCAACCUUGCUACCUUCUAGGACGUGUUGGCUUCUUCCCCUCGUAUGUUUCUGCCUUCUUAAUGUUGUUGUUUUCUUGCUCUCUAUGGUUGGUUAUUGAUCUGCCUUUUUUUUUGAAGAAGAAGGUAUCUGUUUUAUUCGAGUAAAGGUACUAGGCUGUUACAUCUCAUAUGACUAUAAGCUAAAUUAUGCAUUUCUAUUACAUCUUGUCUGCUCACUUUAGUCAGUGUGCAAAAAGCAGAGGAAGAAAUUAAAGUCUGCAAAUGUAAAAGGACUUCCCGCGACCUCUGACUUUACAGUAACUGAAGCAUGUUACAUUGAUUUUUUUUUUUCUCUCUUUACAUCCUUGAUUUUUUUUUUUCUCUCUUUACAUCCUUUGCUGUGAUUCCCUCUAGUAGACAUGCAUUUGCUAAAAUUUGAUCAGUGAAUCUGUUUUUUCCUCCCGCUGGCGGAAUCUGUCUUCUUUAUAUUGUUAUCACAAACAAGCAUUUUGGUAGGAAAAAUUGCUUUUAGUCUACCAGCCAUGGUAUUGCCAUGUGAUUGGCAAAACCUUUGCAGAUGAGUUAUGUGCAUAUCAUCUCCAGAGGUUUGCUGCAGGUUCAUCCUUGAGGACGCAAAAUUCGGUUUCAAUAAUUUGUGUCUACUGCUGAGAAUGGUAGGCACUGAUAUCUUUCCUACCAGCAACAGAAAAACUUUGUAGGUCAUGACAUUGAAGGAGUAAAGCCACCACAUUUUGGAAACAUGAUGAGUGUUUACUUAAAACAAAAAGUUGAUUAACUAGUGCUUUUCUUUUUCUUUUUUUUUUUUCCUUCAUUGCUUCUUACAAUGAUAAAAGAUCUUUUGUAAGUUGGUAACACGCCUACGUCCCAUCAUCAUUAUCAUAUACGAUUUGUUUUUCAGAUAGACUGCAUAACAGCUAAGCAGCCAAGCAGCCUCCCUAUGUAGUGCCUGUCUUUUUCUUCUCGGGGAAAGGGAGAAAAAUAGAAACUUAGAUGGAACAUAAGGGUCGGAUUAUAACCUUGAAAGAAUUUUUCCACACAGUUGAUGACUGAUUGUUGAACAGCAGGCACCAGAGAAAUAGUAGGCGCACCAUUUGAACGUUUUGGUGGAGGAAAUUAGUGUAUUAGGAAUGACAAUUGACAUGAAAUUAGUAUAGUUAAAGGAACUAGAUCAGUUUUCUCUUGAAGAAAACUAAUUGGCAUGUGUUAACUCAAUCAGCAUAGCCCUCAGAACUCAGAAGUUACACCAGUUGGAAAAUAGGGCUAAUAAAUG